CGGAUCGAAGAUAGAGUAGAUGUGACAAUUUACCCUAGUUAAUGGUUCAAAACAUAUUUCACAAUAGGUAAUAGCACGAUAUUUCGAUUCGCAUCGCCUUGUUAAGAAUUCAGCGGCUAUGACCUUAAUGCGUGGACCGCACCGUCGUCUCCUCCCACUGAGAACCCGACAGUCAAGACUUGGGUUCCCAGUUGCUUACGAUGUAACAGAUAUGCGAAGGAUUAAAACACGGUACGGGGUAAUGGGCAUACAAAUGGUACGUAAAGAUUUAAAGACACAGAAAGAUGGAGUGUGUAACAGCCUGUAGUCCACGCUGGCAGGCCAUUCCUGAGACAUUGACCAUUCACCUCAGCCAAUGAUGAACCAGAGGAAUGGAAACAAGGGGGCAGGUGACUGCCUCCAGAUAGAGAGCAAAGCCCCCAAGCACCCUGCGGGCAUGGAGCAGUGUCCAGAUGGCAGUGAGGGUGACACUGACCAGGGGGAGAAGAGAGGUCAUGACCACAGACCCUCACUACCUAUGGAUGGGGCGGUGACCGCUCCUGAUGGCGGUUGGGGCUGGGUGGUUCUGGUGGCCACCAUCAUUGUCCUGGCUCUGACCCUAGCCUUUCCCUCAUGCGUGGGCAUCUUCUACACUGAUCUACAGAGAGAGUUCCAAGCCACUAACAGCCAGACCUCCUGGGUGCCUUCUAUAAUGACAUCAGUGCUUCAUGCUGGAGGUCCUUUCUGCAGCGUGUUGGUGGAGAGAUUUGGUUGCCGGGUGACUGUGAUGCUGGGCGGAGUUCUGAGUGGGCUGGGAAUGGCGGCUAGCUCUUUCACUCACACCAUGACAGAGCUCUACAUCACAACUGGUGUUAUCACAGGUUUGGGAUUCUGCUUCAGUUUCCAGCCUGCGGUAACAAUCCUUGGCCACUACUUUGUGCGCCGCCGUGCGUUCGCCAACGCCAUGUCCUCCACGGGCACUGCCCUGGGCCUGUGCACCCUGCCCCUUCUGGGAAACUACCUCCAUACUGAGCUGGGCUGGCGGGGCAGCUUCUUGGUGCUGGGCGCUGUGCUUCUCAACUGCUGUGUAUGUGGCGCCGUGAUGAGGCCCCUGGGGCCCCCGCGGCGGCGAGGGCAGCCGCUAAUAAACCACGCCCCCACUAAGCCAGAGGAGGAGAGGCUGAAGUGCACCGUUAAGACCCUGUGGACUAGCGGGGUGGGCUCCCUGCGUAAACACAUGGCCUUUGACCUCCUGAGCAACCUGCGGUAUCGCGUCUAUGCCAUCGGCAUCACCUGGAUGAUGCUGGGCUUCGUGGUGCCGCUGAUCUACCUGGUGCCCUACGCUACGGACAACGGUAUGGACCAGAGCAGGGCGGCGCUGCUGCUCUCCGUCCUGGGCGUCGUCAAUAUCGUGGUGCGGCCACCCGCCGGCAUCCUCUUUAGCCUGCCCUGGUUCAAAGGGCGCCACAUCUAUGUAUUCUCAUUUGCCCUGCUGGUAAACGGGCUGAGCAAUAGCAUCUGUUGCAUCGGCGCUACCUUCCCUGUGCUGUUGGUUUACGUGGUGAUAUAUGGGCUGUCCAUGAGCCUAGUGGGGUCCCUGAUGUUCACUGUGCUAAUGGACAACGUGGAGAUGAGCCGCUUCCCCGCGGCCCUCGGCUUGCUCUCCAUCAUGGAAAGUGUUACCCUGCUUAUAGGCCCUCCACUUGCAGGAAUCCUGAUCGACAAAACAGGCAAAUAUUUCGUAGUCUUCUUUGCCUGCAGUGCCACAGUUGCCUCAUCUGCUCUAUUCCUCAUGGUGUCCUUUUACUGCCUGGGCAAAAGGGACGCGGUGCCAAAGGGGCAGCUGUCAGCUCAGAGUGACCCACCAAAGCUUGCUGUUGACAUCGCCGCAGAGCUCCAGCACAGUAGCGUGCCCACAGAGAGACACAGAGACAAGGCCUCAGACUCUGAGACACUAGACACUACCAAACUGUAAAUGUCUCUGUUCAACAGCCAAACACAUUCACCAAAACACACAGAAGUGUACUUCACACACUUGAAUGGGAUUGUACUGUAUGUCAUGUGCAGCUGUUCUUACUCAGAUGUUAAAGAAUCAAACAUUUGGUCACGAUUACCCUGACCAUGAAGCCAUAUCGUAUGAUUACAUUAGUUAUUUUUAACUGUUAAGUGAGUGUAAAGGGGGUGAUUCAUGUUAAAUGUGUAAUUAUAAAUGAAUUGAUAAGAUCAAUGGUAAUUUAUUGAUUUUUUCAGUAUGUACAAUACUGUUUGUAAUCAAGCUGAUAUGUAUUGCCUACUAUAAAUAAGUACUUUCUAGUACAAUAUAUACAA